AUGGCUGCUGACCUAGACCAAUCGGCGGAAACAAGAAACGAAGCAUCUGGCCUUAUAAAACGUCUUGAAAAGCUUGAAACUGCAAUUUUACUCAAAUUGUGGAAUGACAUCCUACAACGGUUUCAGAAAACAAGUUGUUCUCUUCAGAAAGCCAGUUUACCAUUGAACUCUGCCGUAAAUUUGUUGGAUUCACUUUUGAUGUUUGUGGAGCAACUCCGAGAGGACUUUGAUGAUUACGAGAAGAAAGGUGCAGAAAAGUGUGGCCAUAGCGAGUAUGCAGAUUCUUCAAGACGUACUCGCCAACGAAAUCAACGGAUCUUUCUGGGCGACGAAGGUCCAGCUGAGAAUACAGUCUUGCGGGCUGGUGUCAAAUUUCGUGUGGAAGUGUUCUAUACCAUUAUCGAUCAUAUCUGCGCUGCUCUGAAACAAAGAAUCGAUGGUUACAAAACCGUCUCUGAGAGAUUUGGCUUUCUUUCUCAGCUUAGCAGCAUGUGCAACGAGGAUGUGAAAGCUGCUGCCAGAAAUCUUGCUAAAGCCUAUCCAGAUGAUUUGGAAGAAACCUUCCCUAAUGAGCUCGUCCAGUUUACUAAUUAUUUCUUCGAGCCAUUGCAACCUGGAGCACGUGUUCGGAAGAUGAGAGUUCCACAAGAGGAAGACGAGAAGAGGUCCGUUGAGUUACUGAUGUUUCUCAGUCUCAAAGAAAAUGAGCUAAGUGAAACUUUCACAAAUGUGGAAAUUGCUUUACGAAUUUAUCUUGCCAUGAUGGUUAGUAACUGUACUGGGGAGCGCUCAUUCUCAAAGCUAAAACGGUUAAAGAGUGACUUGCGCAGCACGAUGGCACAAAAACGUUUAACUGCCUUAUCGAUAAUGAGCAUGGAAUCCGAUAUUUUACGAUCGCUUGACUUCCAUAAGCUAGCAAAUGAUUUUGCUUCUACAAAGGCUAGAAAAAUGCCAUUUGCAUAA